AUGGCCAAUAGUGUUUAUUCUGAAGCAGUAAUCGGCAAAUGUAAUAAGGGUAGUUCUGCUGACUCUGUUUUAGCAAGACAAAGAAGUCAUUGUGCAAAUAUUGCCGUACGCAUUGGUCAAACCAUCAUUGGUCAAACCUUAGUUGCGUUGCACUUUACCACAGCUACAAUUGAUGAUAUUCUCAAGGUUAAUGGUCAAACCAUGCAAUCGAUUGAUAGGAAGGGCUUUGACCGAAAAUCUGCUGGAUAUGGCAGUCAUGUUCAGUGGCCAUCCAUAAGCAGCGUAUUAGAAACUCCGGAACGGAAGCGUUCUCGGCGAUCUACAAGUUUUGCAGACUCGGGAUUAGGGUCGUCUUUAUUUGGUUCGCCUCCAUCAAAAGCGAUCAAUAUAUCUGUCACUGUGCCUGCAUUGAAAACACCGACAAGACGAAAAUCUAAUACUAGUUCGCCCUCCUCACAGUCUCCAUUAAAGCAAAUUAUGCCUGAUACACGUGAGCUUAACAGCUUCACGUUAGAUAGUCGUAGAUCGUUUUUGCAUGUGUCUGCAUAUAGCGAAUCAUUUUCUCCCCCGGAAAGUUGUUCACCACCAUCUAGAUUUCGUUUGUCGAAUCCUGGAAAAGCUAACUGUAUUAAGUAUCUUUUGUUCUACUGUGCUAUUUCUAGAAUAUCGAUUCAGUGGAGUCAGUAUACCGAAAACGGAAGUGCCGAUAAAUCAUCUUAUGACGAUGAAAAUGAUGAUGGUAUACUAGACUGUACUUCGUCAUAUGUGAAGGUAGAAACGCCAAGCAAAGCUUUCAGCAAUGAUAUGAGUUUAUCUACGAGCUUCUUCGAUGAUAGUUAUUCAUAUUUAACGUCAACUCCAAUGAAUUCAAGUGACGAUGUUUUGCAAAGCACUUCUAUAAUCCCUUCUCAUUAUACUAUUCCAGAGCAGGCUAAUGGUCCGCUGGAAAGCAGUUUAUGUGAACCAUUCGAUCAGUUCAGACUACCAGAUACAGAUUUUAUGUUUCCGAUGAUGAGUACUGAUACAGAAUCACUAGUUUUACCCGUAACAAGGAUAAGUCCACAGGAACGGAAGAUUAAUUUAAUAAAUCCGGAAUUAGUUGGUGAUUUUGUGAGUGGAAUUCCAACUAGAUUGUGUCUUCGUGAAACCAAUUGUAAUAACAAGCCAUUUAAACCACCAAAAAAAACUCUCAGAGUGAAUUCAAAAAAAUGGUUUCAAAUAACUUGUGGAAAAACACCACAUCAGGUUGGCAGUUUUUUCUGA